AUUUCUUAAAAACUUCUUACUUUAUCACGUGUCGUCGCAAAUGCGGAAGUCAUGCUUGACGUUGAGCCAGUCUGCCGGCGUUUUCAGACCGCAUCGCAUCAAAUGUUAGCGCUCUCUUUCGAAGGCACGAGAUAUGUUGCUCUUGGUGCUGGGAGCCCUCCUGCUGCUCUUCUGCAUUGUGGAUGUGUGGUACUUCCUGCGAGGGGCCCAGGUUUUCAUCACAACCAUCUUCCAGCCACAACUAAAGGACAUCCUAGCAGAGCAAACUGUGCACGGCAGAGUCCUUCCCCAUGAUGUAGACUACAAGGGCCACAUGAACAACUCGCGCUACCUGAGGGAGUGUGACUUUGCCCGCUUCCACCACAACAUGCGCAUGGGCCUCUUCAUGUCCUUGUUCAAGAUGGGGGCCAAAAUGGUGGUGGGGGCCUCCACCAUCCGCUACCGGCGCUCCCUGGCAUUUGGCGAGGCAUUCGAGAUCCGUACCAGAGUGGUGGGAUGGGACGACAAAGCAUUUUACUUGGAGCAGCGAUUUGUAUCCAAGAAGGAUGCGUUUGUGUCUGCAGUGUUGCUCUGCAAGCAGAGUGUGGUGCACAGUAGCCCUGAGCGCAUUAUUGAGUUUGUCUGCAAAGAGAAGAUUGAAUGUCCUCCGCUUCCAGAGGACCUGAAGCACUGGAUCAGCUUCAUUUCAGCCAACAGUCAAGCACUGAGAGCCGAGAGUGGACUGGAGGAGAAGAAAAGUGAAUGAAACAGCACUCUUGACACCUUCUAUCAUUCACAAAGGCUCACAUACCAUUAGCAGUACAACAUAAACACACACAUAAUAAUACUGUAUAUACAAUAGUAGAGCGCCAUUACUAGCCUAAUGAUGUUACACUCGCAUGUUGCUGUGUGUUUUUUGUAUGCCGUGAAAUGAAAUACUAGAUGGAAGUAUGAUAGUAGUAACAUGACAAAAAAAUCAUUUCAUGUUUAAAAAAAUGCAUUGAGAGUACUUUGAAGUUGACUCCAAAGUGACACAAGAGCCUCACAGCUUAGUUUAGUAGUCGACUUCAGGCAUCUUGGUUAUCAACGAGUGAAACAUAAGACAAGCUUGCGGUGCGGGAAGUUGAUCUUCCGUUGAGAUCUGUGCAUGGUUUGAAACGGGGCAAUGUUUGCGCCUGUUCUGCCUGAUUAGUUGUACCUUUAAGUUUCAGUAAACAGAAGAACAGAUGAAAUACUUGAACCAACCUCUUAAACAUGCGCUGAUUUUAAAAUCUUCCCGUCAACGUUUUGUACAAAGCAUACAUUAAAGGGAUCAUUUUGUGUUGCUUUUGAUGAUGUAUUCAAAGGUUGGGCUGCUUGAUUGGAAUUGCAUGUAGUCAGGGAAGAAACUGCUACAACCAUAUCUGAUAAGUUGAUUUAUCAAAUGCUAGCAGGGUUGCAAGAAACUUAUCAAAACGUGCAAUACAUCAUGAAUGUUGACAGAGGGGACAAUAUUAAGCUUUAGGCUUUUUAAAACUUUGAAACUUUUCCCUCAUAUUAUUACAUUACCACUUCAGUUUGUGACCAAAUCAAUGUACUGUGUUGGGGGAAUAGAUGUUUAACGUUAAAAGCUGCAAGUGUAAAUUUGAAUGUUAUUUAUGGUAUUAAAUGCACUGAUGAGGGUGGGGGUCUUGUUUGAUAAUAAGUUUAACGUUAUGUCCUUUUAUGUUCCUUAUAAAUUAUGGACAGUCGUAUAACAUGUUCAUUGUAUAAUACAACAUGUUCACUGUAUUUAAAAGAUGUUUAGAUUAAAAAUAGUCUUCAAU